AUGGCGUCGGGAGCUGAUCCUGAGAAGCGAGCUGGAAGCGAUGGAUCAGAAAAACCCCACUCGAUCUCGGAAGAGAGGGCAGCUGGGCCCGGAGUUCCAGACGGCGCGUCGCGUGUUUCUGCAGCUGUCGGCGAAGGAUCGGUAGCAGACUGGGUUGAGCCUGGACUCAUUGGCACGCCGUCAAAUCUGUCCUUUGACGAGCAGCAGAGCAAUAACGUCGCAUACUUUGGGCUCCGAGACCAGUGGCUCAGAGGGUCGAACGCGAGGGGAGCCCCGUACGUCUCGAUCGGUAUACUUGAUCCGCUUAUCACUGUUGAGAGACACCAUGGGAAAUACCACAUUACUGCCCGGUUUCACGUCGAAACAACUAUUGUUGAUUAUAGCGCGCAUAAAAAGUUUGGCUCCCUGGACCAUUUUGGUGUCUACCUAAACUCAUCUGGCGAUGAAGAUCUCCUGACUGAGCCGAAAUCUGACACCACAGGCGCGUUCACGGUGACUAGAACGUCGAGUAAGACGGUUUCGGGGAGACCUUGGGAUCUCCCUCUCUGGUACACCCUCCGCGAAUAUCUCACUGGGUAUCUCGCGGUCAAGGGAAUGCACCAUAGAGCACAGUGUCAACACGUGGAGCAAGCGCGAAAGCGACGCCGCAAGGUCGACACCCCGCGAUAUCAAUGGUUCUGGGCAGCUAAUUACAAAGAGAUCGCAUCACUCACUCCAGAUCUGACGCAUACUGUCAAGCGACACGUCCUCGUGAAGCGAGCUGUCCCGAUCGAUUCCUUUCCCAUCGAAAGACUCGAAAAUGCCAGGGGCGUAUUGCGAGGGAGGGCUUGGGUCGAUAGGACCGAAUCUGGAAAUGCAACACAACACGAACUCGACUCAGCGAGGCAAUCGCUUUUUACAAAAGAGCAGGAGACAUGGCAGGGAUUACUAGCUGACCGGCAGGUUAAGGACCGCCGACAUGUUCCGCUGGAACAGCUCCUCGAAUUCAAAUUCUGCAUCCAGAUCAGACUCAAGAAGCGAUAUGGUCGUCUCCACCGCGCUCUCGUCUUCAGUGGUAACAGGAACAAAGCUAAGCUCCUAGAACCCACAUUUAAGGAAAAGUUCUGCAUUCGGGUACCUUUAGUAUCGGAUCUUCCCGGUCCAUUCACCAGCGACACCUCCAUGUGGCGCUACACGCGGCGGCCCCGAGACUUCCCCAGCGAAAGCUAUAUCGCCAAUUUGACCCGCAUUCCAGCGCAGGAUACAUACAACAUCCGCGAUGUCCUAAUGAAGAUCAAAAACGAGGUAAAUGUCAACCGGCUGAUAAGGCAACGAGACCGAGGCGGAUUGCUUACUGAGUAA